AUGGGUGGUAAAAAAGCACCAUCUAAAAAUCGAGUAUAUGAAAAAGAACGCAGAGAUCGUUUGAAUGUUAGCUUUGAAGAAUUGCGAACUGUUCUUCCACCAUCAGACUCUAAUGCUUCAUUAGGUAAAGCUGACAUUAUUAACCAUGCAAUAGAUUUAAUUCGUGUCUUACAAAAUGAAAAGCUGAAGACAUCAAGUAUGCAUAGAAAGGAAAUAAUUCGCUUACAAAAUAAAGUAUCCCAUUUAUGCACAAGAAUCAAAAACCUAAUAUCCACUUUAAAAGAAUCAAAAAUUAAAGUACCAAAAGAUAGAUCUAUUAAAAAGAUGAGUAUUCAAAAUAGAUCAAAAACUAAACCUAAAAAAGAUACUGGUGUCAGAAAUAUUAAUAUAAAAAAGUGUAAAAACAAACAAAAGUUAGCUCAAAAAGUAAGACCUAUUACUUUAGCUACUAAACCUGUUAAUAUACCAGUUUUAACUUCAACUAACCCUACAUUUAUUUUACCCAAUGGACAUUUGAUCAAAAUUGAUACUGCACCUAUUAUACCUCAGUCACAGAUCAUAUUUGAUAUACCCAAAAUACUUUUGUUACCUGAUUAUAAAAAUUCAGAGAUAUUAAUUGCUCCAAAAAAGAAUGAUGCAACUAUUACUACAUCUAUGAACAAGAGACCUAUACCAUCAUUAGUAACAUACAACAGAUUAUUAAAAGAAACUAAAUUUUUGAAGGAUAGUAAAGUAGAAAUAGCUAACAAUAAAAAACUAAAUAGUAAAUCUGAAAAUAAAAAUGAAUCCAAUAAUAUACAAAAAGUUGAAAAAAACAUAAACAAAAGUAAAAUAGAAGAAAGUGAUAAACUUAGGUGUACAGAACCAGUAAAAUCAAAUGAUAAUAGAGGUACAACAACAAGUCACACAAUUGAAGCUAUAGUGAAGGACAUCAAUCAAGAUAAAAAUGAAAAAUCUAUUGAAAGAGAAGAAAUUGUAACAAGUAUGACGAUUUGUGAUGGAAAUAAAAAUACAUUAAAAUCCAUUGAAACAGAUAAUAAUAAAAUAACAACUAAUUCGCCAGAGUGUUUAACAACGGCUCAAACUACAUCUACUGUUGGUAAUCCAUUAAGUAUAUUAACGGAAGAAAAUCAAAGAAAAUCUAUAGAAACAGCAAAAAACAUUAUCUCUUGUUUUGAUGACAUACGGUUACCAAUACCAAAUACAGAUUUUUCUACAGAUUUGUUUAGUUCUCUUCAGGGGCCAGUUGGAGGGCAUCACGCAGACUCCAUGUCUCCUACAGAAGCUUUUCUUCUUUCAUUUCCCCUGGUUUCGACUUCAAAAAACACUAAUAUAUUAAACGAAUCUGAACAAACUGAAAUGCAUUCGGCUACACCCACAACAAUAUUGCAAAUUGGUAACUUGGAAUCACCAGCUACAGAAUUAUUCCAGAAAAAUGAUGAUGAUUGUGAAAAGGAUCAAAAUAAAGAUAAAAUGAAAGAUCAAUUUGGUUUUAAUGUCAAACCAUUCUAUAAUGAUGGAUAUAUAGACAUUAGUAAAAAGAAUGAUCAACACUAUGGUUAUAAAGAGGUUAAGAAAUUAAAACCAAUACCUCCACCUCAACCAACUGCUUCCACUUACCAUAAGACAUCUUAUAAUGAGAUUUCUUCUUAUUAUAGAACCACUCAAUCAAAUUCUGAUCUUUGGAGGUAUACUAGUUAUAAUUCGUUUGAUAAAAAUCUUAAUAAAAAUAUUAAAAAGACUGAUAAAUCUACAUCUACAGCAUUUGUAAACAAUGUUCCUUAUGUAGUACCAUAUGACCUAAAUACAGUAAAUUCAACUAAUACAACUACAUAUAUUGAUACUGAAAACUAUCAAGAAGUUUGGCCACACAAACCAAAACAGAAAAAGAAACAAAAUGAAAAGAGUGUUCCAGUUAACUGGAUGACAGAUAAAGGAUGUCAAAAUUCUUAUGCAAAAAAAGAUGACUAUAGCUAUCAAAAGAAAAACAACUUUGAUAUGUCUUUUGAUUUACAGUCUGAACCUAAACAAACAUAUUCAUGGUCACCAUCUAAAACGAUCCCAUUAUUACCUCAUUUGGAUACUAACAUGCCUUCAACAUUACCGACUCUAGUAGGCGAUUUAGCUUUGAAUAUUAAUACAGGUUCUAAUACUCCAUUUGAUCAGAGAGUAUAUGAAUGCAACAAAAAAAGUGACAAUAUAAUCCCUGUUACAAGUAGUGAGCAAAAUAUGCUCAAUUAUAAAUCUCGUUCUGUUAAUUCAAAUUUCCUAUCCGUCAGUCAGUUAGUAGAACAACCUAAGUCAAAUGAUAAACGAAAAGGUAGAAAUUGUGCUAAGGAUUAUUGUUGUGUGUACCAAAACCAGAAAACAGAUAAAGAUUAUUAUCAAAAUCAAACUAAACAAUAUUACCCUGAGAUUAAUACAUUUGAACAAGAUCAGUCUUGGGUACGAUCAAAAUAUUCACACGAUUCUAGUAGAUCAACAAAUCACAGUGCUGAAUCUUUAAUUAGGCAUCAACAAAAACAUGGUUCUAUAAUAAAAUCAGGUUCAAAAAACCAAAAUGUAACUAAUAAACAAACUACCUGUUAUAGAACAAGCCAAAAACCAAGUUAUAAUAACAAUGAAAAUUUUGUCAAUUAUUAUAAUCAACCCAAUACUAAUUAUCUAUAUGAGAAUAGAAAUGAUUUAGACAAACAACCAUCUUCAUAUCAAAUACCAUCUAAUUUCUAUACUCCUCCGACAACUACGAAGCAUAACAUUUCAAAUUAUAUACCUCUACCUACAACAUUUAGCAUGACAAGUUCAAGUUACAAUAAGCCAGUUCAACAUUUUACCCAGAACACUAAUAACUAUUAUAACAGCAGUAGCAAUGUGAACACUUUAACAAACUUCAAUUUAAGUACUAUAUUUCCAGAAAUGAUUGAUAAGGAACCCAAUAUAACACCUUUAGGCGCACCAAGUAAAAAUAAUGAAUUUGAUGUUAUGAAUAAUUAUGGAACCAAUAUACAUUCAUCUUAUUAA